UAAAAUAAAAUUACUUGUAUAUGAAAACAUAGCCUUUCCCAGCUCUCUUUUUUUUCCUGAUCAGCUGAUGAAGAGACUAGCAGCUCGCUGCUUUGCUGGCUUGUUAAUUUUAUCCCCACUAACUGUGAUUUCCGAUAGCCGGCCUGCUGAUAGUGGUAAGGCCAUCGAAGACGGCAAUUUGGAAGAAAUGGAAGAGGAAGUACGGCUUAAGAAAAGAAAAAGACGAAGAAAUGUAGAUAAAGAUCCUGUAAAGGAAGAUGUGGAAAAAGCAAAGAAAAGAAGAGGCCGCCCUCCAGCUGAGAAACUGUCACCAAAUCCUCCAAAGUUAACCAAGCAGAUGAAUGCCAUCAUUGAUACUGUGAUAAACUACAAAGAUAGGUGUAACGUGGAGAAGGUGCCCUGUAAUUCUCAGUUGGAUAUAGAAGGAAACAGUUCAGGGCGACAGCUCAGUGAAGUCUUCAUUCAGUUACCUUCCAGGAAAGAGUUACCAGAAUACUAUGAAUUAAUUAGGAAGCCAGUGGAUUUCAAAAAGAUAAAGGAAAGAAUCCGAAAUCAUAAGUACCGGAGCCUGGGUGAUCUGGAGAAAGAUGUCAUGCUUCUCUGUCACAAUGCACAGACGUUCAACCUGGAGGGGUCCCAGAUCUACGAAGACUCCAUUGUCCUACAGUCAGUGUUUAAGAGUGCUCGGCAGAAAAUUGCCAAAGAAGAAGAGAGCGAGGAAGAAAGUAAUGAAGAGGAGGAGGAAGAUGAUGAAGAAGAGUCAGAGUCAGAGGCAAAAUCUGUGAAGGUGAAAAUCAAGCUCAAUAAAAAAGAAGAGAAAGGCCGGGACACAGGGAAAGGCAAGAAAAGGCCAAAUCGAGGCAAAGCCAAACCUGUUGUGAGUGAUUUUGACAGCGAUGAGGAACAGGAUGAGAACGAGCAGUCAGAAGCGAGUGGCACCGACGACGAGUGAGCGGCACGGAGCUGAGCUCCCCGUGGCAGAGCUGGACAGUCUCUUCCCCUCCCUCCUCUCUUCCCCAGUGAGUUCACUUGCCACUUGGGCACUGGGUUAUUUCUCCGUCCUCAUUGUCAUCUAGAAGUAGCUUUAGGAUAGUGCCAGACAAACAUAUGAUAUCAUGGUGUAAAAAAAAAAAAAAAAAAAAAGUGCGUGCACGCACUCGUGUGUGUGCGCGCGUGCACGCACACACACACACACACACACCCAAGAAUAUUUGUAACAUAUUGUGACCAAAUGGGCCUCAAAGAUUCAAAGAUUAAAAACAAGCAAAAGCUUUUGAUGGAAAAGAUGUGGGUGGAGAGUAUAUUUCUACAGGUGGGUCGAAUUUGGUAGCAGUUUGAUGUGCUUGGUUCCGUCAUCCGUCCUGAUGAGAAGGUUUCUAUCUUCCACAGCGCCGAUGACCAGGAGGAGCCGGUAAAAGCCACUGGCUAUUUUAUUUUUCAUCAGGCAAUUUUCAAGACUUUCAUUUGUUCAGUAUUGUUUUUUUUUUUUAAACACUGUGGUACAUAUAAGCAACUUUACUAGGUGACAAAUGUACAGUAGAUACCACCUACAUAUACAUUUUUCCAUUUUAUGCUCUAUGAUCUGAAGAACAAAAAAAAAAAAAGCUUUUUGACUUGUAUGAGAUUUCUGUCUACUGUAAACAUUGCUGAAUUUUUUUUUGUUCUCGUUUUAUCAACAAUGCUAUUGAAUAUUACCGUGUCUAGAGUGUCCUGGCUGGCUUCUUUUGUCCACCUGUUACCCAUGUGUGCGGUCUCCUUCUCCCUGAAGUGUACUUAAUCUUUGCUUUCUUUGCACAAUGUCUUUGGUUGCAAGUCAUACGCCUGAGGCAAAUAAAAUUCCAGUAAUUUCCAAGAAUGUGGUGUUGGUACUUUCCUAAUAAACCGAUAACUUCCCUGGA